UGAGAUCACAGAAGCAAGGUCCACCAGGAAGUACAAUCAGUAAUGUAGAGCAUAGUUCAAGUUUCUGCUUCAUUUAUCAGUUUAUGUUCAUAUUCAUCAACACUUUAGACUUUUAUUAAUUCGGCUUCAGCUUUUCAACUGUAAAAAUGCACAGAGUACAGAUUUUAUCUGGACAUCUGUCGUCAAAUGGACGUGUGGGUAUGAGACAGUGCAGCGCAUCAGCUGUUGAUCCAAACGAUAUCGUUGUAGUUCAUGGGCUACGAACAGCAAUCGGCCGGGCGAAAAGGGGAUCAUUUAAGGACACAACUCCAGAUGAGCUUCUCAGUACUGUGAUGAGUAAAGUUCUCAAGGAUGUUGGACUGCCACCUGCCUCACUAGGGGAUGUGUGUGUUGGUAAUGUUCUACAACCUGGAGCAGGUGCACUGAUGGCUCGAGUUGCCCAUUUUCUUAGUGGCUUUCCUGAGUCCGUACCAGUCUACACGGUGAACAGGCAGUGUUCUUCUGGACUACAGGCACUUUUUAAUAUUGCGGGUGGAAUCAGGAAUGGGGCGUAUGAUCUGGGUCUUGCCUGUGGUACGGAGAGUAUGUCAUUGCAAUCAGUAGGAAACCCAGGAGAUAUUAGCCCUCGACUAAUGGACAAUGAGAAGGCCAGAGACUGUAUAAUUCCCAUGGGAAUAACCUCAGAGAACGUUGCAGAGAGAUUUGGCAUCAGCAGGGAAAAACAGGACAGAUUUGCUCUCAGGUCCCAACAAAAGGCAGCAAUGGCCCAGAAACAGGGCCUAUUUGAUCAAGAGAUUGCACCAGUCACUACUAAAUUUGCGGAUGAAAAUGGCACUGAGCGCACCAUUACUGUCUCAAAGGAUGAUGGAAUCCGGCCUGGCACAACGCUGGAAGGCCUUGCGAAACUCCGUCCAGCAUUCAAGGAAAACGGCAGCACUACAGCUGGAAAUGCAAGCCAGGUAAGUGAUGGCGCUGCAGCAGUGCUGAUAGGGCGGAGAUCUACAGUAGAGAAACUGGGACUGCCUGUUCUUGGGGUGCUGCGGGCGAGCGCUGUGGUGGGUGUGCCACCAGACAUAAUGGGCAUUGGCCCUGCCUAUGCUAUCCCAGAAGCCCUGAAACAAGCAGGUCUGAAGGUUGAUGAUAUUGAUGUGUUUGAGAUCAAUGAAGCCUUUGCUAGUCAGGCUGUGUAUUGUGUGGAAAAGCUUGGCAUUCCCAUGGAGAAAGUGAAUCCUAAUGGAGGGGCUAUUGCUUUUGGUCAUCCCCUGGGCUGCACUGGGGCUCGACAGGUUGUGACACUUCUGAAUGAGCUUAAACGCAGACGAAAAAGAGGGUAUGGUGUAGUGUCCAUGUGCAUUGGGACUGGAAUGGGAGCUGCUGCUGUUUUUGAAUACCCUGGGCAAUGAUUUAAGCUCUUUCACAAAAUCCCAAGAUGCAAAAAAUGUUAUAAUUAACGUGCUAAACCACUAACUGUAGAACACAAGCAGAUAAAGCAGAGCGGUUCUUAAGUAUACUGUAAAAAGUGACAGUCAAAAGUGAAUCCAACUUUUAAUUUUUACAGUGUAGUGUGGAUCACUGGAUGAUACCUUACUA